UCCUAAAAGGACAACAAAAUAUUAUCAGUUAUCGCGCAUAGAAAACUGUUUGUUUGCCACACAUUGAGGAUUAUUUUCAUACACUACCUUUCCGGAGAAACAGAAAUGGAACAUGUGCAUCUGGCUGUGGAGGAGGACGACCUUUAUUCGGGUUACAAUGAUUAUAAUCCGACAUUUGACUCGGAGGAGCUGGAGAAUGAUGUGGGCUUCCAGCAAGCAGUGAGGACAAGUCAUGGAAGAAGACCCCCGAUGACUGCCAAGUUUCCUGGCACUCCCAUUGGACCUCGAUCUUUAGCUUCUUCUUUUGGCGCUCGGCUUCAUAUGGCCUCUUCAAUGGGACGACCCAUGACUGGAGCUGUACAGGAUGGGUCAGCCCGUCCAAUGACUGCCGUCAAAGCAGCAGGUUACACCUCCUCCCUGAGUCGUGGCUCAGCCUUUGACCCUCUGGGCCAGUCCAGGGGUCCUGCACCUGCACUCGAAGCAAAGAAUGAGGAUACGCCUGAGGAGAAGAUCAAAAUCUUGGAGAAGAAAGUGAAUGACCUGAUAGAGGAGAGCUGCAUGGCACAGAGCAUGGGAGCCUUACAAGUGGCCCUUGAAAAAGCCAAAGAGGCAGGGCGGAAGGAGAGAGCCCUGGUCAGACAGAGGGAACAGUCUGGCAGUGCAGACCAUAUAAAUCUAGACCUCACGUACUCUGUUUUGCUCAACCUUGCCAACCAAUACACAAACAAUGAAAUGUACCCAGAGGCCCUGAACAGCUACCAGAUCAUUGUGAAGAAUAAAAUGUUCAGUAACGCAGGCCGCCUGAAAGUCAACAUGGCCAACAUCUACUUUAAACAGAAGAACUAUCCUAAAGCCAUCAAGUUCUACCGAAUGGCGCUGGAUCAGAUAACAAAUGCCCACAAAGAAAUGAGGAUCAAGAUCAUGCAGAAUAUCGGUGUAGUGUUUAUCUGCAUGGGCCAGUACACAGAUGCCAUUACGUCUUUCGAGCACAUCAUGAGCGAGAGUCCAAAUAUCAAGACAGGCUUCAACCUUAUCCUGUGCUACUAUGCUAUCGGUGACAGAGAGAGGAUGAAGAAGGCCUUUCAGAAGCUCAUCUCUGUUCCUCUGGGCAUUGAUGAUGAAGACAAAUACAUCCCUUCCAAUGAAGACACCAGCUCCAAUAUGGUCAUUGAAGCCAUUAAAAAUGACAAACUUCACCAGAUGGAGAGAGAUCUAAAAACCCUGGCUGAGAAAUACAUCAUGACAGCAGCCAAGCUCAUUGCCCCAGCGAUUGAGACUUUGUUUGCUACUGGAUUUGACUGGUGUGUCGACAUGGUGAAGAGUUCUCAGUAUGUCGAGCUUGCCAAUGAUUUAGAGAUCAACAAAGCCAUCACCUACCUCAGACAGAAGGACUUCAAACAGGUUGAGGCAGUGGAAACAUUGAAGGCAUUUGAGAAGAAGGACAGCAGAGUGAAGAGCGCUGCAGCCACUAACCUCUCUUUCCUCUAUUUUCUGGAGAAAGACUACGACCAGGCUGAUCGAUAUGCCGACCUUGCUAUGAAUGCUGAUCGUUACAACCCAGCAGCACUUAUCAACAAGGGCAACACGGUGUUUGUCAAACAGGACUAUGAAAAGGCUGCAGAGUUCUACAAAGAAGCACUGAGGAAUGAUUCCUCGUGCACCGAAGGCCUUUACAACCUGGGUCUGACUUAUCAAAGACUGAAUCGCCUAGAGGAGGCUCUGGACUGCUUCCUGAAGCUCCAUGCCAUUCUGAGGAACAGUUCCCAAGUCAUGUACCAGCUGGCCAGCCUCUAUGAGCUUCUAGAAAAUCCCGAACAAGCAAUCGAGUGGCUAAUGCAGGUCAUCAGUGUAACUCCCACAGACGCCCAGGCACUGGCUAAGCUGGGAGAACUGCAUGAUGGCGAGGGGGACAAAUCCCAGGCUUUCCAGUACUAUUAUGAGUCCUUUAGGUACUUUCCCUCCAACAUCCAUGUGAUUGAGUGGCUCGGAGCUUACUACAUUGAGACACAGUUCUGUGAGAAAGCCAUUCAGUACUUUGAAAGAGCCACGCUAAUACAACCAACUCAGGUGAAGUGGCAGCUAAUGGUGGCAAGCUGCUACAGACGAAGUGGAAACUCCCAGAAAGCACUGGAAACUUAUAAAGAAAUCCACCGAAAGUUUCCAGAAAAUGUGGAAUGCUUGCGUUUCCUGGUGCGGCUGUGCACAGAUAUGCAAUUGAAGGAAGCCCAAGACUACGCCACCAAACUGAAGAAGGUAGAGAAGAUGAAGGAAAUCAGAGAGCAGAGGAUAAAAUCGGGACGGGAAGGCAGCGCGAGAAGUCGAAGAGAAGGCAGAGAGAGCAGUGCAGGCAGCGCUGCAGGCAUCUCCACACCUGUCCUCAUCUCUCCUAAGAAGUCCAGCGUUAUGGAUGAGGUCAAAGCAGUAUCUCAGUCUGAGUCUAAACACUUCAGUCCACUACUGGACUCGGGGAGAGACAGUGGUCGCAGCAGCAGCAGCACCAAAGGAGAGCGUCUGAGCGCCAAAAUGAGGUCACUUCCUGGUUCAAAUGAACCUUAUGAAGCCAGCAGUCCAAAAGAACUGGAUGCGUCUUACGUGGACCCACUGGGGCCUCAGAUGGACAGACCAAAGACGGGAGUCAAGAAGCGUGUGGAGGAUGACGACUUUGCAGAUGAAGAGCUAGGAGACGACCUGCUGCCAGAGUAGCUGCAUUAGCACAAGGCUAUCUCUGUUUGUAAGUCAAGCUUCACCACAGGACGUUUUAAACUCACGUUCAGCAGAUGUUUAUUUACAUCUGUUGGUAAUCCAUGAUGGUCCAGAUGCUCUUUCACACUGAACAUCUUUACCUGACAUCUCAGUCCUUCGUCAAAUGAAAAUGUAUCCAUUUCUAAAUGUCCGUGUGGGAAAUGAAUGCCUCUGUACGUGAUAGGAAUGCUGGUUACAUGACAGUGUGAGACACCUCAGACAGCUUUGUUCUGGCUCUUAAGUCCAGCACACGGGGUUUCAAAGAAAAGGACAUACUAUUCCAUACCAUACUAUUACCCUGUAGCUUUGAGCUCAUUGCUAAAAAUUGGAAAACAUUUCACCGUUCUGAUGCUUUUAAAGGCAAAGGUUUGUGAUUCAUCUGUUCCAGAUUCUGUUUCAUGUUCUGCAUUUUGUAAUUAUUCUAUUGUAUUUAUUAUUUUUUUAUUUCUUCAUCUUUAUGUCUUUUAUUGUAUCAUUAAAAGAGAAACUAUUUCAUUA